GGUCCGGACAUUGGGUGGAGUGUUAAAUGCCACACUGUCGGAGGUCAAUUGAAUGGAAAUCUGGUGAUUCUGGACCCCUUUGGGCGUGUUCCGCAAGCUGUCCUGCUCUCCUCUCAAUACCGCUUCUUUGCAACUGCGGUGUUUCAUCCCUCUUUUCCCUUCGUGGCAGCAAAUUCCUCAUUGCACAACCUACAGCAGCAAACAUUCCAUCGUGCUGUACACGGUCCGUCGCAUCGUCAUCUGCGCACUGACCCACCAGAAGCAAACAAAAGGUCCCUGUCUCGGAUACCAACAUCAACCAUGCCUGUCGGAUCGUGUCUAAUUACGGGUGGUACAGGCUACAUUGGCUCCUUCACCACCCUCGCCCUCGUCGAAGCAGACUACAAGGUCGUCAUUGUCGACAACCUGCGCAAUUCGUCCCCCGAAGUCCUCAACCGCAUAGAAUUGAUCUGCGGAAAGAAGCCUGAGUACUACAAUGUCGAUAUCACAGACGAAAAGGCCCUCGACGAGGUAUUCUCCAAACACCCGGACAUCGACAGUGUCAUCCACUUCGCCGCGCUGAAAGCCGUGGGCGAGUCUGGCGAGAUCCCCCUCGACUACUAUCGAGUCAACGUCUACGGAACACUCUCCCUUCUCUCCUCCGCGGCCCGCCACAAUGUCACCAACAUCGUCUACUCAUCCUCCGCGACCGUCUACGGUGACGCAACCCGAGUCCCAGGCAUGAUCCCCAUCCCCGAAGAAUGCCCACUGGGCCCUACCAACCCCUACGGCAACACCAAAUUCACCUCCGAGCUCAUGAUCACAGACCACAUCAACGCCGAGCGCGCCAAAGCCCAGAAGAAAGGUGACACCGCUGCCGUGAACAAAUGGAACGCCGGCCUGCUACGCUACUUCAACCCCGCAGGUAGCCACCCCAGCGGAAUCAUGGGCGAAGACCCAUCGGGCGUGCCAUACAACCUGCUCCCACUCCUCGCACAGGUCGCAACAGGCAAGCGCGAGAAAUUGCUCGUCUUCGGCGACGACUACGCCUCGCACGACGGUACCGCUAUCCGCGACUACAUCCAUAUCCUCGACCUGGCCCAAGGCCAUUUGAAGGCUCUCGACUACUUGCGCCAGCACAACCCGGGCGUGCGCGCCUGGAACUUGGGUACGGGCCGUGGCUCGACCGUCUUCGAAAUGGUCAAGGCAUUCAGCAAGGCCGUUGGGCACGGUCUGCCGUACGAAGUCGUCGGCCGAAGAGCAGGAGACGUGCUCGACCUGACGAGUAACCCCACGCGAGCAAACAAAGAUUUGGGCUGGAAGACGCAACGGACGCUGGAAGAUGCAUGCGAAGAUCUGUGGAAGUGGACAGAGAACAACCCCGAGGGAUACAGACAGAAGCCCCCUCAGAAGUUCCUGGACGCGUUGAAGAAGAAUAAUUGAAAAUACCACACAUAGUACAUGGCGCGGUGUUUUUUCUUGUCGGGAGCUGCAACAAUUUCGAUCCUCUUCUUACUUCACAAUUAGACUAUUUUGAAUGUACACAGCAGCAAAGAGAGGAAUUGAGAUAACUCUGGAAUAAUAGGCUUGAUAGGGCCGAAAAGGCGACUUUACAUUCUCCAAUAGAUGUUAUUGGCUCAUCGG